AUUAAAUAAUCAGAAAUGGACAUGUUGAAGAAACAAGCAUCCGAUGUGGGAGCUUGGGCUAUGAACGUCAUCAGCUCCGUCGGCCUUAUUAUGGCCAACAAGCAGCUCAUGUCCCCUGCCGGCUACGCCUUCGUCUUCGCUACUACAUUAACCGGGUUCCAUUUUUCUAUGACUGCCUUGAUCUGUUUGGUAUCGAAUGCCACCGGUUACUCGACAAGAAAAAGGUUCCUUUAUGGAGCUUCUUUGGUUCUCCGUCGUUGCCAAACUUCAAUCACCGGGAUGAACUUGAGCCUCAUGCUGAAUUCAGUUGGAUUUUAUAAGAUUUCAAAGCUAAGUAUGAUUCCUGGUGUUUGUGUGAUGGAAUGGAUGCUACACAGUAAACACUACUCGAACAGAGUCAAGAUCGCAGUCAUUGUGGUGGUUGUUGGUGUUUGUACCGUCAUGGAUGUAAAAGUUAAUGCGCAAGGAUUUAUUUGUGCCUGCGUCGCUGUCCUGUCCACCUCAUUACAACAAAUCUCGAUCGGCUCCGUACAGAAGAAAUACUCGAUAGGCUCAUUUGAAUUGCUUAGUCAAACUGCUCCGAUCCAAGCUUUGUCUCUUUUGCUGAUCGGUCCGUUUGUUGAUUACUACCUCACCAGCAAAUUGCUGGCAAGUUAUAAGUUCUCUUCGUUUCCAUUGUUUUUCAUACUACUGUCGUGCUUGUUGGCGGUGUUCUGCAACAUAAGUCAGUAUCUUUGCAUCAGACGAUUCUCCGCCACGUCUCUCCAGGUUCUAGGCCACAUGAAAACGGUUUGCGAAUUGAUAUUGGGAUGGCUGCUCUUUGAUUUGGAGCUGACGCUGAAAAAUAAACUCGGGAUGGCGAUAGCGAUCCUUGGCAUGGUAGUUUACAGUUGGGCUGUUGAGGCUGAUAAACAAACUGAAUCCAAGGCUUCAUCACUCCCCAAGGAUGCUUCUUAAGCAAAUGUUGAAUUGUUGAAGCAGCAGCAGUUGGACGGUUCAUCUCUGCUCAAGGAUGUUGAGCUAGGUAAAUCUAAGCCUUAGAUUUGUUUUUUUUUCGUUUUUUUUAAUUUUAAAUAUUGAUUUGUUGAAUGUUCCAAGUACCUUCCAUUGGGCUGUAUAAAUUUUUAAAUUUAAUU